AUGGCACAGCAGCAGCGGUCCUAUAGUCGUUUAUACUCUGCGUUGCAGCUGCAGCAAUCUGGCUUCCACUCUGAGUCAUGGCAGGAGACUGAUGUCAUAGGAUCAUGCUUGACACUUUGGGCUAGGAAAGAUUCAAAAGCAGAGAGGGAGCAUGCCUUGCCUUCCACCAAUACCGGCCUCAACACCCCACCUACGUCUCCACCGGACACUACACAGGGUCCUCUGAGCUCCCUAGUCCUUGGAGGUGAGCGCCCAGCACCAAGAUCCCAAAAACCAGAGGGACCCCUGGGGUGCGGUGCGCCUGUUGCCCCGGGCACACCCAACCGAGGCUCCCCUGCCACCUCCCUGGGGACUGGUGCCCCCCAGCUCGGCCCCCGGGAGCCCCGACCCGCGGGUGAGCGCGGGCAGGCGCGCCGCAGACGGAGCUCCCGGGGCCACCUGGAGGCCGCGCCCCUCCCUCGCCACCCGCGCCCAAUCACCCGGAGCCCGGGCCGGCUCCGCCCACGGGCCACGGCGGGGGGCGCCUUUAAGAGUCGGCCGCGGGGGCCCCCCCGGCUCGGGAGCGGGUGCGAGCUGGGGGGGACGCUGAGUCCCGAGUCCCGAGCCCCGAGCCGGAGGCGCUCGCGUGCCACCAUGCGCUCCCCGCCGGUUGCCCUGCGCGCCCCCGGUGCCAGCCGCUCGCCCGCCCUGCGCUGCCCCGGCCGGCCCCGGCUCUCGCCCGGCCCGCCCGCGCCUCCCCGGGGCUUCUCCCUCGGGCCAUGGUGCCCGCCCAGGGACGAGCCCGCCGCCGUGGCCGCGCGGGCCCCCCGACCCCGACCCCCCGAGUCCCCCGGGGCCGGCCCGGGUCGCGCCGACCACCCCGAGGGCGCGAGGCGGGACGCGGAGGCGGACGCGGACCUCCCGACCCCGACCCGGCGGCGGUGGAGUCCCCCCGGAGGGCCCCCCGAGGGCGGCUGGGGCUGGUUGGGUGAUGCUGAGGCGGCCAUGUGGUGCAACGGGUCGGUGUUCGGCAUCCAGAACGCCUGCGGGGUCCUCUUCGUGGCCAUGAUCAAGACCUUCGGGUCCAAGGACGAUGACAAGAUGGCCUUCAAGACAGCGUUGGUAAGUUCCCUUUCCAUGGGAAUGAUAUUCUUUUGCUGCCCAAUAGCCAGUGUCUGCACAGACAUAUUUGGUUGCCGGAAAACAGCUAUUGUGGGUGCUGCAGUUGGAUUCAUUGGACUCAUGGCUAGUUCUUUUGUAAGUUCCAUCGAGCCUCUGUACCUUACCUAUGGAAUCAUAUUUGCCUGUGGCUGCUCCUUUGCAUACCAGCCUUCAUUGGUCAUUUUGGGACACUAUUUCAAGAAGCGCCUUGGACUGGUUAAUGGCAUUGUCACCGCUGGCAGCAGCAUCUUCACCAUCUUGUUGCCUUUCCUUUUAAAGGUUCUGACGGAAAGCCUGGACCUCUUUUACACCAUGAGAGUCCUCUGCAUCUUCAUGUUUGUUCUCUUUCUGGCAGGCUUUACUUACCGACCUCUUGCUUCCAGUGCCAAAGAUAAAGGGAAUGGAACCAAAGGGGGCAAGAGAUUCUCCCUCUUUUCCAGGAGAAAGUUCAGUCCUCAAAAAAAAGUUUUCAAUUUUGCCCUCUUCAAGGUGCCAGCUUAUGCCGUGUGGGCUCUUGGAAUACCAGCUGCACUUUUUGGAUACUUUGUGCCUUAUGUUCACUUGAUGAAAUAUGUAAAUGAAAAAUUCCAAAAUGAGACAAAUAAAGAGGUGCUGCUCAUGUGCAUUGGCAUCACUUCAGGUGUGGGACGGCUGCUCUUUGGCCGGAUUGCAGACUAUGUGCCUGGUGUGAAGAAGAUUUAUCUACAGGUCCUCUCCUUUUUCUUUAUUGGUCUGAUGUCCAUGAUGAUUCCACUGUGUAGCGUCUUUGGGGCCCUCAUUGCUGUGUGUCUUAUCAUGGGUCUCUUUGAUGGAUGCUUCAUUUCCAUCAUGGCUCCCAUUGCCUUUGAGUUAGUUGGUGCCCAGGAUGUCUCCCAAGCAAUUGGAUUUUUGCUCGGAUUCAUGUCUAUACCCAUGACUGUGGGUCCACCCAUUGCAGGGUUACUCCGGGACAAGCGUGGCUCCUAUGAUGUGGCAUUCUACCUUGCUGGGAUCCCGCCCCUCGUAGGAGGUGCUAUCCUUUGCAUUAUCCCGUGGAUUCAUAGUAAGAAACAAAGAGACAUCAGUAUCACCGUGCCUGGAGAAAAGAUGGAAAAGAUGUUGGAGAACCAGAACACUCUGUCGAACUCCUCUGGAAUCUUCAAGAAAGAAUCUGACUCUGUGAUAUAAUGUCUUCUAUACCUCCACUAGACUGGACUUGCCUUCAGAAGCUCAAGCAAGCUUUUCUUUUAUAUGAAUUGAAAAUUUCUUAUUUUUUUAAUCACCUCCUAGGAAUAGCACAAUAAUUGGGAAAUAGGAUCCAUAUUACCCACCAAAAGAACCAUUCUUCUGCCU